AUGUCUUCACAUCUUUGGCCAACGAUUGAAACAUCAAAAGUUAAUUCAUUGUGGUUUCGACCAUUACAACCGGUACGAGAAGAAUCAAGUUUAGCUAAAUUUGAAGAAUUACUUGAAAAAGAUCGACGACAUUAUAUUGAAAAAGGUGUUAAUCUACCAUUUCAUGGGCGAGCAGAAAUGGAUAAUGCUGAUGAUGAUGAAGAUGCAGAUGAAGCUGAAGAAGAAAGUGAGGUUGGUGAACCAGAUGAUGAAAUGGACGCACAACAAGGUCCGGGAUCGCCUGGAAAUACAAUCGGUACUGGAGUACCACCACACGAUGCUUAA